AUAAUGAGGGCGGUUAUGAUAAUAAGCCUGUUUGCUUUUAGCGGAUUUAUCCAAGCGCAGAAGGAUCCACAUUGGUGGAGUGGUCGAAAUACGAUCGUGCAUCUAUUCGAGUGGAAAUGGAGUGAUAUAGCCGAUGAAUGCGAACGGUUUCUUCAACACAAGGGUUACGCUGGGGUGCAGAUUUCACCACCAAAUGAAAAUAUUGUGGUACCAAAUCGUCCUUGGUGGGAGAGAUAUCAGCCGAUCAGCUACAAGUUGAACACUCGUUCCGGAGACGAACGUGCCUUCCUGGACAUGACAAGAAGAUGUAAUGCUGUUGGAAUUAGGAUUUAUGCCGAUGUUGUGAUCAACCACAUGUCACGCGAAUCUCUACGGCCUCCAGCGGUUGGUACCGGGGGAUCAUUUGCAGAUCCGGCUGCAAAAAGCUUUCCAGCAGUACCCUACGGCGAGGGCGACUUUAAUCCCACAUGCGCCAUUAACAACUACGCGGAUGUGACCAACGUACGCAAUUGUGAACUUGACCGUUUAAAGGAUCUAAAUCAUGGCAGUAAUUAUGUCCGCGAAAAGAUUGUCGAAUUUUUAAAUCAUCUUGUUAGUUUGGGAGUUGCCGGAUUUCGAGUUGACGCCGCUAAACACAUGUGGCCGAAAGAUUUAGAAUACAUUUACGGCAAUAUUGCAAAUCUCAACACUUCGUUCGGUUUUCCCGCAAACAGAAAACCAUUCAUUUAUCAAGAAGUUAUUGAUUUAGGCGGAGAGGCGAUAUCUCGCGAUUAUUACACUUACUUAGGGGCGGUAACGGAAUUUCGGCACAGUGCAGAAAUUGGGCGCGUAUUUAGGGGUUCGGAUAAGUUAACUUACUUACACAAUUGGGGUACUGGUUGGGGUUUUCUUUCGUCUGAGAAUGCUUUGAUUUUUGUUGACAAUCACGAUAACCAAAGAGGUCAUGGCGCUGGUGGUCCUAAUGUACUGACAUAUAAAACGUCUAAACAAUAUAAAAUGGCAACAGCAUUCAUGCUGGCUUACCCAUAUGGAAUUACAAGGAUAAUGUCAAGCUUUGAUUUCGCAUCAUCUGAACAAGGACCUCCACAAGACAACAAUGAAAACUUGAUAUCACCAUCGAUUACUCCUCAUGGAACAUGCGGAAAUGGCUGGGUUUGCGAACAUAGAUGGAGGCAAAUAUUCAACAUGAUCGAAUUUAAAAACGUAGUUCACGGUACCGGCGUAAACGACUGGUGGUCAAAUGGAGAUCAGCAGAUAGCGUUCUGUAGGGGAGGAAAAGGAUUCGUUGCUUUCACAAACUGGGGGGACUUUAGACAAACUUUGCAAACUUGCCUUCCAGCCGGAAUUUACUGUGACAUAAUUAGUGGGCAUCUCGGCGCGGAUUCUAAGUCGUGUACUGGAAGAACAGUAUACGUUGGUAGUAACGGCGUUGCACUGAUAGAAAUACAGGCAAUGGGCGAAGACGGAGUUUUGGCUAUUCAUGAAAAAUCGAAAGUAAAUCUGAAUUAGGUAAACUGUGCAAAUUUGGUUCAAAUAGAAAAUUUGGUGCAGUUUGUUCCCAUUUGUGGAAAGACA